AUCACCGUGUCCUUGCCACCCACUUCCGGCAGGCGCCAGAGGCGCUACACUUUUCAGUUAUUUAUGUAAGCCGAGGCCAAACUGACACAAAUUGACAGUGAUGUUCGGCUCCACCAAGUGCUUUUAAAGAACUGUCCGGGUUACAGGUCGUGUUUGUGGCCGUCUGUGAUGCUAGCAGGGAGGCGGGGCAGCAGAAACGUCGGACCCGACGGUGGAAACAUGGCCGCUGAGUAACAUUUUAUUACCUUUUUCUGCUCAGUAUGAACAGCGAGGAGGAAUUUUUCGACGCUGAGACAGGACUGGAGUCUGAUGAUUCCUGUGAGGUCAGUUUCAAAGAUGCCCUGGUGUUUGACAGCAAACAGGCGACCGAUGGCAGCAGCAUGCAGGAGAACGGGGUGUGGGAGCACAGGAAAGCCCUGCCUGCAGAAACAAUCUCCAGGAGCAAUUUCAGUGUGUGGAGCAUAUUGAAGAAAUGCAUCGGAAUGGAGCUUUCCAAAAUUGCGAUGCCGGUUGUGUUUAACGAGCCGCUGAGUUUUCUCCAGAGAAUCUCGGAGUACAUGGAGCACACUCACCUCAUCCACAAAGCCUGCAGCCUGUCAGACGCCGUCGACCGCAUGCAGGUUGUUGCUGCGUUUGCUGUUUCCGCUGUAGCAUCUCAAUGGGAGAGAACUGGAAAGCCAUUUAAUCCUCUGUUGGGGGAAACAUAUGAACUCAUAAGGGAGGAUGAAGGAUACAGAUUGAUCUCUGAGCAGGUGAGCCAUCAUCCCCCCAUCAGUGCCUUCCAUGCUCAGUCUCUGAAGCAGGAGUUUGAGUUUCAUGGCUCCAUCUACCCAAAGCUGAAGUUCUGGGGUAAAAGUGUUGAAGCUGAGCCUAAAGGCACAAUGACGCUGGAGUUAUUAAAACAUAAAGAGGCGUACACCUGGACGAAUCCAUUAUGCUGCGUCCAUAACAUCAUUUUGGGUAAACUCUGGAUCGAACAAUACGGAACAGUGGAAAUAGUCAACCACAGCACUGGAGAUAAAUGCAUCUUGAACUUUAAACCAUGUGGGAUGUUUGGAAAAGAUCUUCACAAAGUCGAAGGAUUUAUCCAAGACAGAAGUAAGAAGAAGAGACGAGUCAUCUACGGGAAGUGGACGGAGUGCGUGUACAGCAUCGACCCCAAGCUUUAUGAAACGCACAAGACGGCAGAGAAGAAGACGGGGAGCGACCCAAAGAAACAAGAACGUAGCUGUGAAGCAGAGUACGACGACGACUUGCCAGAAGUUCAGGAUACAGUGACUGUGAUACCAGGAAGUGCCUUACUGUGGAGGAUAACGCCGCGGCCCAGUCACUCAGCGCAGAUGUAUAACUUCACCAGCUUUGCUGUGACGCUAAACGAGCUGCAGCCCGGGAUGGAGAGGCUGCUGGCGCCAACGGACUGCCGUCUGAGGCCCGAUAUUAGAGCCAUGGAACAUGGAGACAUCGAUUUAGCGAGUGCAGAGAAGGAGCGAUUAGAGGAAAAACAGAGGGCGGCACGCAGAGAGCGAUCAAAGGAUGAAGAGGAGUGGUCGACCAGGUGGUUCCGGAUGGGAACAAACCCUUUCACCGGAGCCGAGGACUGGCAGUACACAGGCGGAUACUUUGACAGGAAGUACACGGACUGUCCCAACAUUUACUGACACACUCAAAAAAGAGAGAAACUCUCUGUGCUUCUGGAAAAUUAUCACUUCGCAUCUCAAAUCUCUACGACUUGAAAACUGGGCAGGUUAUUCAGACCGGCACUGUGUCUCUGUUAGAGCAAACCGCUACACGACUGUGAACAUGCUCUGCGGGAGAGUUUUAGAGAAACGUUGACGUCAGACAUCUUCAUUGUUAUUUACCCUAAACGUUCGCCAUGUAAGGCUUUUAAACCUGCCACCAGUGUGAGCUCUGCAAACACAAACGAGCUGCAGAAACGUUUUAGUUCAGGUCAUACAAACACUUCAUGUUGCAUUUAAAUAUCAGGGAUUAUUUAAACACACCUGCUACUUUCAUAAAACCAACUCUGACAUUAGAUGUCUAUUUUAUUCAGCACUACAUAUCUUUAAAUGUCACAAGUGUUUCUGUGAAUAGAGAUUAAAACAACCAAGCUGCUUAUAGCCAUGUUUACUUUUAUCGUAAGUGGAUACUGUCGGUACAAAUAUACAGUUGUGUAUAGAAAAAAAUAAAUAAAACGUUGCUUGCAUGUUCACCAAGAUGCUAAUAGACAAGUUAGAGCCAUAAAAUAAUGAUUUCCUGCACUGAGUAUAGAAACAUUUAUGGACAGACGCCUUGAUUUUGACACUGUGGCUGCCUCUCACCUUUAUGCUCUGAAAAACGCAAAAAAAAUAAAAAUAAAAAUAAGUGUCAGGAAUCCAGUUAAGAAAACUAAAUGAUUAUUGAGCUUCUUCUCCUUUUUCUAAACCUUUAAACGUGGAGCUGUGGAGCCCCCUAGAGGUGUAUGAAUAAAUUACCGAACACACCCUGGUCUAUUUUUUGUACAAAAACAUUCUUAGAUCUUUGGUGCAAAUUAAAAUUUAAAAUUGAUCUAUUACUGUGUAUUUAUGUUUGUAUUUAAACCAACCAAUCGAAAGACACAAUCAAAACAUUCAGAUUACUUUUAUUACCAAUGAAAAUAACUCAAAAAUACUCAAAAUAAUUUAAUGUAUUUUUCUUUCCUGGAAAACCCAUGUUUGACCUGUUUUGCUGUUGCAUGUAGCAUUUCUAUCGUUAAAGAAAAAAGAAAACUUCAUGGAUAAACCUUACAAAAAGGUUUAUCCACAUUCUCACAUCUUACAUUUCAGCAGAAAAUAUUUCAGUAUUCAGUUGUGAACGGAACAAUACAUUAUUUCAAGGGAAAAGAAAAAAAUCCCUCAUGUCCUUUAGGGGGCUCCGUACAGAGCAGAAUGUUGGCAUGGAUGUUUGUUUGGAUUUGUUUGUUUUUUGUGGACAAUUUAAGCUAAUUUGCACCUUUAAAAUGAUGUGAAACUGUCUCUAAGUUGAAACACAACAAAAGCAUCAAAAGAAAAGGGAAAUGUUGCUCUGAAAGCAUCUGUGUGCUCUGGAUAAAUGUUGGGUUUUAAAAGGAGGCGCAGCACUGCAUGACAGAGAAAGCUUUAAGUUUCCAUGUAGACACUGAGCUUCGUUUUCAGACUCGCCUCGUGACGCUGCAGACGCCGUGAACCUAUGCAAACCGAUCCGUCCUCUCCUGAAAUGUGAACCCACAAACUCCAAUUUCCUCUUCAGAAAUGCAGAGUGCUGAAAGUGAAACACUAUAUAAGUAGAUGCUGCAGCAGAUUUUUGUUGCUGUUGAGCAUAAAAAAUGCUGAUUUCAGCACACAGAGUCUUAUGCACUCACAUGUACAGCAGAAUUUCUCCCUUUACUCUGUUUUUAAAGCACUUUUGAAGCCUGCAGGUUCAAUCUGACGGAUAUUUUCAUCCUUUUACCCCCAUGUCUCUCCUCUGUCGAUAAUGUUUACAUUGUUCGUUCUUUUCCUCCUCCCCUCUGUUACUGUUGCCCAAAACCAUAUGCAUACAAGCAUAUUAAAUAAUAAAUUAUGGACUACAGAA